GCCACCGAGGUGACGGACAGCGCCUACAUGGGCUCUGAGAGCACCUACAGCGAGUGCGAGACCUUCACGGACGAGGACACCAGCACCCUGGUGCACCCCGAGCUGCAUCCCGAAGGGGACGCAGACAGCACGGGCGGCUCGGCCGUGGCAUCGGAGUGCCUGGAUGGCGUGGAGGAUCCCGGCCAUGGUGCCCUGUUGCUGCUCCCGGGCAGAUCCCUCCUGCACAGCCAGGCCGUCGUCACAGUGAUCGGGGGUGAGGAGCACUUUGAGGACUACGGUGAGGGCGGCGAGGGGGAGCUGUCCGUGGAGGCCCUCUGCAACGGGGAGCAGGCAUGCAGCGGCCCCGGCUUCCUCACACCCAGCGCCGACCCACUUGCCACAAAGCUGCACGGCAUCCUCGCUGAUGAGGCUUUUGAGUUUUAUUGUAGCCAGUGCUACAAACAAAUCAACCGCCUAGAGGACCUUUCUGCUCGCCUGAAUGACCUUGAGAUGAAUAGCCCGACGAAGAGGCUCUCCAGCAAGAAGGUGGCCAGGCACCUGCUCCAGUCCGGGGCACUGAGCAUGGAGGCCCUGCAGGCCCCGCCCUCGGAGCCCGGCGAGGACCUGGACGAGGACAUAGCUGACAAGGUUGUCUUCCUGGAGAAGCGGGUGUCCGAACUGGAGAGGGACACAGCUGCCAAUGGGGAGCAGCACAGCCGGCUGAGGCAGGAGAACCUGCAGCUGGUGCACAGAGCCAACGCGUUGGAGGAGCAGCUGAAGGAGCAGGAGCUUCGAGCCUGUGAGACAGUCCUGGAGGAGGCACGGCGGCAGCGCGAGCUGCUGAGCAGGAUGGAGAGAGAGAAGAGCAUCGAGCUGGAGAACCUGCAGGCCAGGCUGCAGCAGCUGGACGAGGAGAACAGCGAGCUAAGGUCCUGCACGCCCUGUCUGAAGGCCAGCAUCCAGCGGCUGGGGGAGGAGAAGCAGAAGCUGCUGGAUGAGAUUGAGGAGCUGUCCCUGCGGCUCAGUGAAGAGCAGGAGAACAAGAGGAGACUGGGGGACCGGCUGAGCCAGGAGAGGCACCAGUUCCAGAGGGACAAGGAGGCCACCCAGGAGCUGAUCGAGGACCUGCGCAAGCAGCUAGAGCACCUGCAGCUGUUCAAACUGGAGGCAGAGCAGCGCCGCGGCCGCAGUAGCAGCUCGGGGCUGCAGCACUACAACAGCCGCACCCGGGAGAGUGAGCUGGAGCAGGAGGUCCGCCGGCUCAAGCAGGACAACCGGAGCCUGAAGGAGCAGAACGAUGAGCUGAACGGGCAGAUCAUCACCUUGAGCAUCCAGGGAGCGAAGAAUCUCUUCAGUACAUCCUUCUCCGAGUCCCUGGCGGCAGAGAUCAGCUCUGUGUCCCGAGAUGAGCUCAUGGAAGCGAUUCAGAAGCAGGAGGAGAUCAACCUGCGUCUGCAGGACUACAUCGACAGGAUCAUUGUGGCCAUCAUGGAGACCAACCCCUCCAUCCUGGAGGUCAAGUAGAGGCCGGAGCCCGCCGGCCGCCCCUCACCUGUGCAGAUUGGGCUUUGGGCUCAGUUGGGCUCCUUGGCUUUCAGGCUGGAUGAACCCCUGGCGAGCUUCUGCCUGCUUCCUGCUGGGGCUGCUGCUCACACCCAGCCUCACCUACUCCCGAAGGGCCACAGGGGAUGGGCAGGUGAGGCCCGGAGCACCGGACUGACUGGGCGCCCCACACUGCUCUGUCUCCCAUGCUGCUCUUGCCGCCACCCCACGAGGCCUGGGAUGCCAGGCAUGCUCCGGGCACUUCCCCCAUGGACCUGUGCUGCAGUGACCCUCGGCACUCAGGACCCAGCGUUGCAGGUCCUGGCGUGGGCAGCCCCGUGUCAGGUGUGACUUCCAGUCCUGUGUGUUCUCAGCUGCCCUCUCAAGCAGGGUCCAGAACUGGAAUCACAGGUUUCUGGGAUGACUCACGGGUGCUGUCCCCCGAAGAACUCGGUCUGGGCAACUUCUGCUCAGGAACCGUGGCCUCACCUGCCCCAGGAGCGGCAGACCGCCCCUCCCCCAUGGACCACUGAGCCUACCUUGGGCUGAGUGCCCACAGUGUGUGUGAGGGUGUGUGUGUGUGUAUGUGUGUGUGUACGUGUGCACGCCUGCCUCCCUCAGCCUCCCCAACCCGCCCACCCACAGAGAUAUGACAUGGCCUCAUAAUUGUACAUUUUGGGGAAAGCCUUGGGUGUAAAUCAGUGUAAACUUGGAGGAGAGAUUUUUUAUCAUGUAGAGUAGGUAUUUUUUAUAGAUUGAAGGUUGAUCAAUUUUUUAAUACUUCUGAGAGAAAAUUGUGUAUACACAUGAAAUAUAUAUAUAUAUAUGUAUGUACGUA